GGUGGACAGGACGGUGGACAGGAUGGUGGACAGGAUGGACACAGGGACAGUGUGGACACAGCUGAAGUCACUCUGAUGAGAGAGUUUACUGAGUGGAAACGGGUGAAAGGCCUGAGUAGGACAGUACGCGGUCAGCUGAAGGUCAAGCCCAACACUGCAGAGCUGAUCCAGCUGCAGCCUGGAGAGAAGCUGGCCUACGUGAGCGAGAGGUUCUACAGCAGCCACAGGGUCCAGGUCUGGACCAGAACCUCAGUGAGCAGGAGCACCGGGUCAGAACUCCUGCAUUUUUCCACUGCAGCGCCGAAGGAGGAGAACCCAGAGCUGAGAACCUUCUGUGUUCCAGAACAAACAGUUCUGCUGUUCCGUCUGCAGGAGGUCAACCUUUGGGACGAUGUUCUGAAUGUUCCGAUGCCGAUGUGUGGCUAUGGGAGGAGAGAGCUAUUCUUUUCUGGCAUACAACAUGUGAUGAUGGAGAUCAAAGAACAGUACAACAACCGCUAUGAAAAGGUUCUGAAGCCGCUGUCAGAACUUCCUGAGUCGGGUCGCAGUGACCUGCUGAACAAGCUGCUGCAGGUCCUGGAGGACCGAGAAGUUCUGCAGCUCCUGGAGGACAAACUGGACGGAGACAAUGAUGUCCCACAGUCUGAGCUCCUGGUCUCCUUCAUGGACCUCCUCUCUGGAUCCAAAGACCUGAGAGAAGCUGCUCGGCUGCUGGUCUCAGCUCUGAACGUUCUUCCUGAUGACAGUCCAGCUCUUCUGGCUAAAUGUGACUCAGAAACACUGAAGUUCCUCCAGAACAAGAUGGAACGUCUUAAUGAGUUCCCCAAGUUCCUCUGUCAGCUCAGAGAUCUGUCUGCAGAGUCUCCUCUGGUCCAGGAGAAGGAGGUGGAGGCAGGAGGAGGAGGCAGACUGGCAGCAGGGUUGUCCUGGCUGGAGACCUUCUUCUCUUCAGUCAGAAACCUUCAAGAUCUGAAGUCCACCUGGGACUGUCCAGACUUCUCUCCAGAAGGUCUGCUGGAGGUCCUGUACCUGAGUGUGAGGGGUCUCAUUCUGCUGCAGCCCUGAACCCACCUGGACCACCUGGACCACCUGGACCACCUGGACCACCUGAAACAUUUGUUUUCUCAUCACUUCCUGGUUUCCUGUAAUCUGGAUUAAUGUGGUUGAUAUAUGCUGACAGAUUAUUAUUUUACGUUUUAUCAGUUYAACCCAAUAAAAAUAUAAAACAGAAAAUA